AUGCGUCUUGCUGUACGCUUGCUGCGUCCGGCCGCAAACCAAAAUAUCAAAAACCCCAAACUUUGGCAGGAUCCAGUGCUUGGAUACUUUGAAACCCAUGGCAAGAUGGAGUUCCUUCCUGGUCAAGAGUAUAACCUUAGUGACGACGAAAAGAAAGCAGUCCUUUGGAGAUAUCGAGUCAAAGAGAUUUUAAAGAAGGAAUAUCUUCGUCGUGAAUACGAUCCACAUAACUUCAAAUAUAAGGAAGGAGUUGUUAUGGAUCCAGCGAUGUUCCGUUGGUAUUCGGCCGAUAUGACACAGGCAGAGUUCUUCCGAAUUACACCACGAUCAGUAUUUCUAUAUGUUGGCUCUGUGCUGCUCCUUUUUUACCUUUACACUCGUCUCGUCUUCAUCCCCAUUGACAAAUCUAAUGAAGCUUGCCUUGAUGGUGAAUUGCUGUGGUGGGAUCGUCAGCAAGGUCGCACACUCUCAACAGCAGGAUCAGGAAAGUUGGCACCAAUGUUUGGAAUCGACUUUUGA